AUGCGAACCCGGCUGGCUUCGCUGAUCGUCGUGAAACAGGAGCCACUGUCGGCCACAUCACCACCGCCUCCACCAUCGGCGCACCCCGUGUCCGGUUCCUCCUCCUCAUCGUCGUCCUCGUCCUUUUCGUCACCCUCGUCGUCCUCUUCCUGUUCCUCCGGCAGCUCAUCGUCCUCCUCGUCCCCACCGUCCAGCCUUUUUCGCUCGUCGCUCGUGGUCGCGGAUGGAUGUGACGGGUUGCAGUGCUAUGGCAGCUUUGAUCCCGUUGCCGGCACGGUCGAAGUGAAGCACAGUACCGACCGACCGACCGACGGUCUACUGCAGACUCCAUCGCAUGUGGGGCUGGUGGCACAGUACUUCUGCGACCGGAAUGGCCAUGGUUACGGUGCCAACCCGGACGGGUCCGGCGGAGAUCUGAACAACAAUGAUCCAUCCAGCGAGCAGUUUGAGUUUUUUAGCGAGAAAAAGUGUGCUCCCCAUUUGCUAUCGCGAGUGGCAACCUCACCACCGGUCCCAUCCGCAGAUCCAUCGUCAGUGUCGCAACCCGCGAGUCUGACGACCGAACGCAGUUCCCUGACGCCAGGUCGCAGCGGUUCCGGUACAGCUUCCGGUGCCAGUGACCAUUCGAACGACAACCUGCGCAAAGUAGCAGCAGCAACAGCAGCAGCAGAAGCCGCGGACAGUAGCAGCAGCUCAGCGACAAGCAUGUUACUGCUGCAGCCACAGGCGUCAUCUUUUAGUUCCGUUUCUUCAUUUGAUUAUUUACUGUCACAAUCGCAAAGUCAUCAUCAGGAGCAGACUUAUCAUCAUUCGCAUCUGCCGCAGGAGCAGCAACAGCAGCAGCAGCAGCACCAGCAACAUCAUCCACAUCCUCAGUCGACGCUGGGACAUUCCCAACAGCAACAUCUUCACGAGCAACAGCAGCAGCAUACUCAACAUCACCAUCAUCACCAUCAGCUCUCGUCCGGACUAGACAAGUUCGUGGAGCUGUUCAGCUCGGCCCAGCCGCAUACGCCGGCCGAAUCGAUCACCACCGAGUCGUACCUAGCGGACCAGACGCAACAUUCCAACAGCUCGAGCGAUACGCUCGUCGGGCUCGAGGACAAUCCGUCUACGUUCGGCGGUUCCAGUGACAGCAUCCCAUCGGCAUUGCUCAAGUCGACGUACAAGGAGGAACUGCCGAGCCCGUUCAGUGCGGGACCGUCGACGCGGGCCCCCACAACCGAACCGCCCGACACCGAUCUGCUGUUCGAGUCGUCUUCCACCGAGGAGCUCGGGCUGUUGACGCUUCGCUCCAGCAGCGAUCCGGUGUUGGCCAGCAGUGCCCGACUGCCGCAGGCGAUCCUACACGCGCAGACGGCGGCCCAGUCCGGUCCGGUGCUGCGGCCCACCACAUCCGUGGCCGGACCGAGCGGUGUGGAUCCGGCAGCAGUAGCGGCGGCAGCAGCAGCGGCUGCAGCAGCAGGCAACACCUCGCUACUGCCCAGCUUCCAGGAAACGUACCAGAUCAAGUACAAUCAGUUGGCCAGCUACGGGCUGAAGAUGGACGACGAUUGCUUCAAGAUGGCUGGCUCACCGCAUCAUCAUCAGGCCGUUACGGCGGCAUACGCGCAUCACGGUAGCGUGUACGGUCACGGCCAUCAGCACCAUCACCUUCCGCAUGGCGGAUCGGGCGGAGUGCUCGGUGGUGUUGGAAUCGUCGGCACGGGAUUGCAUCAGAGUCAUUACGAAUUUACGUCACACACCGGUGGUGGUCAAGGUGGAGCAGCUAGCGGAGGUAUCACACAGUACAACAACCCGACGGGACCUCCCGGAGGUGGUGGUGGAGGUGCCACCGGUGGUAGCUUCUACUCACCUUCGUACGAGCAGCACCCAGCGGGCUAUGGAGGACAGGUUGGAGCACAGGACACUUAUUCAUUGCCACCGUUUCCGACGGUAGCAGAGCUACACGUCACCACGACCUGUCACCGCCGGUCAUCCCUACCGAUACAACGCUCGGAGUCGACGUCCAGCAGCGAAAGUCCGAAACCGCCGCGGAUCGCGAUCUACAACAAGUACGCGGCACUGCCGAGUGCCUCCAGCUCGGCUUCUAGCUCUCCCGGCUACAUGAACAACAACAACCCGAACACGAUCAACAACAAUGAGGUAGCGGCGGCGGCGGCAGCAGCGGCCGCAGCAGCAGCAGCUGCCGGAGGUAUCGUUGGAGGGAAUGCUCCAACGCCGGCAGUGACUCCAACCGCCAGUGCAACCGUCCCCCGAGCAACACCGACCGCCCAGAGCCCCUCGCAGCUGUGUGCCGUGUGUGGUGAUACGGCCGCCUGCCAACAUUACGGUGUGCGAACGUGCGAAGGCUGCAAAGGCUUCUUCAAGCGCACCGUCCAGAAGGGUUCGAAGUAUGUCUGCCUCGCGGACAAAGCCUGCCCGGUGGACAAACGUCGGCGAAACCGGUGCCAGUUCUGUCGCUUCCAGAAGUGUCUCGCCGUCGGUAUGGUGAAGGAGGUCGUCCGUACGGAUUCGCUCAAGGGUCGGCGCGGUCGGCUACCGUCCAAGCCGAAAUCCCCACAGGAAUCCCCACCGAGUCCGCCCGUGUCGAUGAUAACGGCACUCGUUCGGGCGCAUGUCGACACGACACCGGAUCUCGCCAGCCUCGACUACAGCCAGUACCGGGAACCGGGCCAGAAUGAGCCGAUCAUUACCGAGGCGGAAAAGGUGCAACAGUUCUACAACCUGCUCACCACGUCGGUCGACGUGAUCAAACACUUCGCCGACAAGCUGCCCGGCUACAACGAUCUCAGCGUCGAGGAUCAGGAGCUGCUGUUCCAGUCGGCUUCGCUGGAGCUGUUCGUGCUCCGGCUGUCCUACCGUGCCCGGAGCGACGACACCAAGAUGACCUUCUGCAACGGUGUCGUACUGCACCGUCACCAGUGCCAGCGGUCGUUCGGCGACUGGCUGAACGCGAUACUCGAGUUCAGCAAGAGCCUGCACGCGAUGCAGAUCGACAUCUCGGCGUUUGCCUGCCUGUGUGCGCUCACACUGGUCACUGAACGGCACGGUCUCCGGGAGCCGAAAAAGGUGGAACAGCUGCAGAUGAAGAUCAUCAGCAGCUUGCGGGAUCACGUCACCUACAACUCGGAGGCGCAACGCAAACCGCACUACUUUAGCCGGCUGCUCGGUAAGCUGCCCGAGCUCCGUUCGCUCAGCGUCCAGGGACUGCAGCGGAUAUUCUAUCUCAAGCUGGAGGAUCUCGUACCCGCACCGCCCCUUAUCGAGAACAUGUUUCUCGCCAGCCUGCCCUUCUAA